GGGAGCGUCGAACGAUUAGGGGUUUCGAGAUGCCUGUUCAAAGUCAAGCCACAGCUCCUAAUUUAGAAAGUUGCGGCUGGGAUGCCAGUUUGUGUGCGUGGGGCUGAAAAACGAAACCGUGAGCUGCAUCCACCUCUUCGAGCACGAAAGGGAACCAAGACCUCAAGGACUGAAGGAUGUUUCCUUCAGACUACGACGUCCUUUACCGUCAAUAUCAUGUCCGGCGCUGAAGCAAUCCUUGUGCUUGGCGUCGUAUCCUCAGUCAUUGCUGUCGUCGACGGAACAAAGCAAGUGUACGACGCGGCUGCGAACGCAGAAGGCCUUCCCGAAGCUUUUCGGGAGGUUGCAGAACGACUGCCAAUAGUCCGAAAUAUUCUGGCGUCUGCGGAGAAACAUAUCCGCGAUGGCGAUAUCGACGAAAGUUCAUGCAAGGCAAUGAAGCCUGUCAUUGAGCGUUGUAGGAAGAGGGCUGAGAAUUUGGACAUGCUGUUCAGAAAGGUCAUCCCACCAGGCGAUGCUUCACGACCAGAACGAUACCUGAAAGCCGUCAGAACACUGGGAAAAGGGGGCAAAGUCGAGACACUGAUGAUGGGGAUGUUGGAGGAUACUCAGCUUCUGACGUCUGAUUAUGGGUUGCAGGCAUUCACCAAAGACCAAAUGGAGCAGAUUGCCAAGGCUCUGAAAGAAGUGUCUGACAUCAAAAUAUCGGUGCCUGACUCCGGAUUUCACGAUUCCACGACUACAACGAAUAUUCUCGGGGACGUACACGGAACUCAGACCAUUAACAACGUUGAAGGGAACCAGUACCUUGCGACAGGGUCCGCCAAGCAGUACAAUGCAACCACAAUGUCGUUUGAAAUGAAGGAUGCCAAUUUCCAUGCACAAACACAGAAUUUCUUCCCGUCAUCAGCUCACAGGACAUAUAGGGGAUUACGGGAAGAGUGCGAAGAAGAUUUUCUGGAACUUCUAGGGUUCCCUGAAAUGAAUGAACGAUACGAGAAUAUCACCGAAGCUCAUGCACAGACUUUUCGCUGGAUAUACGAGAAUCCGGACCUUAAAUUUAUGAACUGGUUGAGAAAGGGCGAGGGAAUUUACUGGAUCAGCGGCAAAGCGGGCUGUGGGAAGUCCACUCUCAUGAAACAUCUGUAUGAGAAUCCCAAAAUGCGCCAAAGUCUUCCUUCCGACAUCGAGAACAUAUGUGUCGCCGGAUUCUUUUUCCACGACCGGGGACCUCAUCCACUGCUCAAGUCGCAGGAGGGACUUUUUCGCGCCAUUUUACACAGAAUUCUAUCACGGUACCAACAAUUAAUUUCGGUCGUUCUACCCCGUCAAUUUGCGAUAUUUUCGAAGAGGACAGAUCGAAUCCAGAACGGAGGAUGGCAGUGGACAUUAUCAGAGUUGAAAACAGCAUUCAGAGCACUCGUCAACCAGAAAGUCUUGAGUCUUCGUCUUUGUCUGCUCAUUGACGGCCUUGAUGAAUUUUCAGGGGAGCACAAAGAUAUCAUCGCCGUCCUUGACGAGCUCGCUCACCCCCCGAGUGAUUCCGUACAGGUGCAAUUUUGCCUCUCCAGUCGGCCUUUACUUGCGUUCGAGAAUGCUUACUCGAUGCACCGGCACCUCAGGGUGCAAGACCUGACUGCGGGGGAUAUCAAAAAGUAUGUCACAGACGAAUUCAACAAAGAUGUCCACUUAAAAGAACUCGCUACCAAUGACAGGGUGACCUCGGACCAAAUAAUGGAAGAAAUCCUCGAAAAGGCGGAAGGGGUUUUUUUGUGGGUCACACUGGUAGUCAACUCACUGAUCAAAGGCUUGGAAGAUGGUGACGAUAUGAAGGACCUCCAAGGACGGCUGUCAGAACUCCCAGCCGGUCUAAAACCACUUUAUCAAAGGAUGGUUGAAAAUAUCCAGCCACGCUACCACGAACAAGCGGCCCAGCUCUUUCGAAUUGUUGACAUCGCAGCGUCUCCAUUGACUCCACUUGCACUAUCAUUCAUUGAUGAGGACCCAAAAGCUGCUCUUUCCGUCAAACAUGAGGUAUUUUCUGAUGACGAGAUCAAACGGCGACAUAUCUUGGUAGCUAAGCGUCUGAAAAGUCGCUGCGCAGGGUUAAUUGAGAUAAGUGUGUCGAAGGGAGAACGUGGGGGGGCAGGGAUUCGCCGAGAUUUCAAGUAUCAAUUGGAAGUAUCAAAGGGUACAAUUCCUGCACUUGACAGUUAAGGAGUUUUUGGUUUCAGACAAGAUGCAAAACUGGCUCGCAACUAGACCCUCUACCAAUAUCCCGAACAUCCAUGUUGGGAUACUGACAUGUGUUAUCCGACAACUACAGGUUACUGCCUGUGCCCAAUUUCACCGCUACGAUCAAGAAACGAAAAACCGCGAAAUAUAUUUCGACGCAGACCUUUGGUUCUUCUCUUUCGUACACGGGGGUAUCAUCAGGCUCUUGAUAAAUUG